GGUUGACUCACUGCGUGAGCGGAAGUUCCGGAUUAGCCGUCUGUUUGAUUUCUGGCGGUUUGUUUCGAUCGUUUAAUACAUGAACGAUACGACAAUUAAUUUAUAUUAACUUUUAACUAAGAAUCUGUUCGUCCAAACAAUGAACGAACAAGCUAAAAAUGUUUUACAACGGAUAAUGCGGAAAAUACCAAGCAAAAAAACAGAAAAUCUUCUGAAAACCUGGAAUUGUUUAUCAGCUGAUCAGAUGCGCGCUCUGGAUUACACGAGACCCAAAUGGAUGAUGAUAGAACACGUCACCAGUUUCUGUGAGGAGAAUGGACUAAGCCUGAAGCAUGUCACUAAUUUGGAAAUGAUCUAUCAUAUAGAAACCCCUGAUCAAGGAACCUGGCACGCAUGUCAGCUUACUGAGGUACAGGAUGAUGCACUUCAUGUGGAGCUGACACAGUUUAAAGAGCAAUUUAAAGCACACUUACACGGGGUCGUCCGACAUAUUUCCAUUAAGAUAAAGAAACACGAGGAUGAGGCUUUGUGGAUUCGGAUUGCCUGGGGAGACAAUUUCAGCAAACCCAACCACCUCAAGCCAACUUAUGUUGUGCACCAUCUGCACACCUCCUAUGUGUUCUUCUCAAACCUCAUGGCUAAACACAAGACGUUUCUAUAUCAGGCGCUAGUAGUGGCCACUAAACACGGCUUCAUGAAGGAUGCCCACCUUAGCACCAGGAGUCUCACUGCAAUGAGGAACCUGCUUCUGAGACGAUAUCAGCAGGUUUUUCCAAAUACUCACUCAAGAAUCCUGCAGGAAAGAAAUGCUCUUCCAUCCCAUCCAUGUAUAGAAAAGGAACAUGCUGAGCAUGAAAAGAUAAGACAUCAGAUGGCCUGUGAGGCAUUUGGAGACGGACCACUGCCAAAACUCGAGACAGCAGUGUAUAGGCUUGAGACGAGGUACAGAGGAAAUGGCAACAACACCUUCAGUGAGCGAGAGGAGUUCUUCAGAGGGGUGGUCAAGUUCUCAAGCAGCAGUCUGCUAGAGUCCUUGCGCAACUGUGUUGCUUCAGGCAUGGCGGAAGGCCCAGUCACUCCCCUGCUGUCUGCCAUUACCCAGAGAGGAAGGAAUUAUUUUGUUAUCACAGACAAAGGCCCUGCUGUUGCCAGCCAAGCAUCAGCGCAAAAAGCCUGAUGACAACAGAGGCUGUGGACACAGAUGUUAACUUCAGUGGUGACGUGAUUGCAUAAAAAUAUACUGUGCAACCUGCCUCCUCCAAAGUUGAAAACAUUACAGCAUCCAUGUGUAUUGUCUUAUGUCUGAUGCCACUGUAUUCAUUGUGAUUACUGCAUCAGUAGUACAAGAGAACAUUUUUACAUUUUAAUCUCAUUAAUACAGCAUGCAUUUCAUUUUUAGCCUCUCAGUUUAACAUGAUUUUAAAUAAAGGUUUUGAUAAAAUAUAUACAUAUAUAUAUAUAUACAGUUGUGCUUAAAAGUUUGCAUACCCUUGGAGAAUUGGUAAUAUAUGUACCAUUUUUAAAGAAAACAUGAAUGAGCAGGCAAAACACAUUUCUUUUAUUUCUUAUGGGAUUCAUAUUCAACUGUAGGUUAUAACAGAAUGGCACAAUCAUAAAACAAAACAUGGCAACAAUGAAAAAAAUGAAAUGACCCCUGUUCAAAAGUCUGCAUACGUUCUUAAUACUGUGUAUUGCCCCCUUUAGCAUCAAUGACAGCGUGCAGUCUUUUGUAAUAGUUGUCUAUGAGGCCCCAAAUUCUUGCAGGUGGUAUAGCUGCCCAUUCGUCUUGGCAAAAUGCCUCCAGGUCAUGCAAAUUCUUUGGUCGACUUGCAUGAACUGCACGUUUGAGAUCUCCCCAGAGUGGCUCGAUGAUAUUAAGGUCAGGAGACUGUGAUGGCCACUCCAGAACCUUCACCUUUUUCUGCUGUAACCACUGGAGGGUCAACUUGGCCUUGUGCUUAGGGUCAUUGUUGUGCUGGAAAGUCCAAGAGCGUCCCAUACGCAGCUUUCGUGCAGAAGAAUGCAAAUUGUCUGCCAGUAUUUUCUGAUAACAUGCUGCAUUCAUCUUGCCAUCAGUUUUCACAAGAUUACCCGUGCCUUAAGAGCUCACACACCCCCAAAACAUCAGUAAGCCACCACCAUGCUUCACAGUGGGGAUGGUAUUCUUUUCACUAUAGGCCUUGUUGACCCCUCUCCAAACAAAGCGCUUAUGGUUGUGACCAUAAAGCUCUAUUUUGGUCUCGUCACUCCAAAUUACAGUGUGCCAGAAGCUGUGAGGCAUGUCAAGGUGUUGUUGGGCAUAUUGUAACCGGGCUUUUUUGUGGCAUUGGCGCAGUAAAAGCUUCUUUCUGGCAACUCGACCAUGCAGCUCAUUUUUGUUCAAAUAUCGUCAUAUUGUGCUCCUUGAAACAACCGUCUUUUUCCAGAGCAGCCUGUAUUUCUCCUGAGGUUACCUGUGGGUUUUUCUUUGUAUCCCGAACAAUUCUUCUGGCAGUCGUGGCUGAAAUCUUGGUCUACCUGACCUUGGCUUGGUAUCAAGAGAUCCCCGAAUUUUCCACUUCUUAAUAAGUGAUUGAACAGUACUGACUGGCAUUUUCAAGGCUUUGGAUAUAUUUUUAUAUCCUUUUCCAUCUUUAUAAAGUUCCAUUACCUUGUUACGCAGGUCUUUUGACAGUUCUUUUCUGCUUCCCAUGGCUCAGUAUCUAGCCUGCUCAGUGCAUCCACGUGAGAGCUAACAAACUCAUUGACUAUUUAUACACAGACACUAAUUGCAAUUUAAAAAACCACAGGUGUGGGAAAUUAAUCUUUAAUUGCCAUUUAAACCUGUGUGUGUCACCUUGUGUGUCUGUUACAAGGCCAAAUAAAAGACAUGCAUGAUCAGUCAUAUUUUCAAAAUCAAUGGCAAAAUUUCACAAUUUCUGCCAGGGUAUGCAAACUUUUGAGCACAACUGUGUGUAAUAUAUAUAUAUAUAUAUAUAUAUAUAUAUAUAUACACACACAUACUGUAUAUUCCCACAUUAAUAUUUUCAAGAGUACUGUUUAACUAAUGGACAGUGCUGGGUAGCAAUUAUCUAAUCAGGUUACAAAAAUAUAGUACUUGUAAUUGGACUACAUUAUUCUACAUAUAAUGUGUGCAAUCAGAUUAGUUACAUUUUUAUAGGUUACAUGAUUACAUGCUUGAUUACACAGACUAGUGUUUAAUUUACUAAUUAUGCUCCUAAAAUUUAAAAGAGUGGUCUGAGCCAGAGCCUGAAAUAUGUGCGACAGGCUUUUACAAAAAUGAUAUCCAUUGAAUAGUGACUCCACAUCCAAUUUUGAAAAGCAUUAGGAGGUUCUGUAAGUUUUCUUUGUUUGUAUAUCUGUAAAUAUGUUAUCAAAAUAUAAAGUAUUUCAAUAAUUAUUUAAUAUUCAUUUAUAUCAUAUGUAUCAUAUAGCUUGUGUGCAUGUGGCCACCGAAAUUGAUGCACUGAGUUGAAAGCGCUUAAAACAAUACACAAAUACACACGGCAUUUGGUUUCUGUUUUAAAUUAAGUUUCUAAAUAAAUGUCAAACUGUGUGUUUUUACACCCUGUAGGAAAAUAAUGUAUUUCAGCUUGUCCACCUGUCCAUAAUUUAGACACUCUUCUUUAAAAACACAUAUUGCAAACAAACAUUUUAGAGGCACCGGUCACAUGCAACUUUGUUUUUUCAUACCAUUCAAAUGCUCUUUGGCCCAUGCUUCAUGGUGGCAAAAAAGCGCCUGUCUUAGGUUAAGGCCACACCACAUGAAUAAUCAUGAGGUACAAAUUGUACAUCUUUAGAGACAUUUUUACAUCAUAUCUAGAGACAUUCUUUCACUUGAUUUCAAAGCUGGAUUAUAAAACAUCCAAUCCCUAUUCCUAAUUUCUUAAAUAACAAUUCUUUAAAAAAAAUUAAAUUAAAUAAAUACAAGCAUGUUCUCCUAUAUUAAGUAACAUUCAUUUUUAUGACCCUUUAAGCACCUUUUUUACUCAGCUACUCAGUCCAUUUGAUGUUAUGUUUACCUAUUUUUAAUGAGAGGACUGUUAAUUGGUAACACUGUGUAACAAAUGUAUUUAUUUUUUGGUUCCUGGGUAGUAAGUGUUAUUUCCUAAUUGCUUAUGCCUCAAAGGUAUAGAAAAUGGCUAUUAUUCCCCACAAACUUUGCUUUUGUGAUCAGGACAGUGAUAUUUUGAAAUGUACCUAUUUUCCAGAACAUUCCAGAUAGAUUCAGUGCUGAGUAAACUUGGAGUAACAUCUAGAACAUUCCAGUAAUAUAAAUACAGGGGCUUUAAGCCCACCAGUUCAGUUUAGUUCCAGCUGCCUAAGUGGAUACAUAUCUGCAUUUUUCUGAGAUGGCAUCAAGAGGCUGCAAGCAUCCGGCAGAUGUAUUUUGCUAUGUCUGCGGACAAUUUAUCAAGACAAGAGCGAAAAAAGUACUUUUUUUUUUUUUUUUUUUUUUUUUUUUUUUAAGAAAAAAGUAAUUUCGGCAUGCCUGUUGGGGAUCAAGACAAACCCUGAGCACCUCAUUUCACCUGCGAGCACUGCAAAAAAACUCUGGAAGGAUGGUACAGAGGGGAAAAGAGCCAUGAAGUUCGCUAUCCCAAGAAUUUGGCAGGAACCCACUGACCACUCAAGCAACUUCUGCAUGGUGGACCCUUCCAGACAUCAGACUGGCAAGAAUGCACCUGCUAUCACG